CCGGAAAACUCGGAAAACUAUAAACUGACUUCUGCCGCAGGGGAGAGCUUCCUUCGUCUACCCGCAAAAGCUACAUCAAAGCCGUCAAGUGUAUGCAGGAGAAGCCGGGCCAGCUGCCUACCGAGCACUACCCUGGUGCCCGCAGCCGGUUGGAUGACUUCGCUAUCACCCACAUCAACAGCACUCUGGGUAUUCACUUCAACGGCGUCUUCCUCUCCUGGCACCGUCAUUACCUCUGGCUGUGGGAGAAGGCUCUCAAGGAGGAAUGCGGAUACGAAGGAAACCAGCCAUACUGGAACUGGGCGCUCUCUGCCGGCGAUCUUGGUUCUAGCCCGGAAUUCGACGGCUCUCCGACUUCUCUGUCCGGCAAUGGCGAUCCCAGCGUGCCCUAUCCCCUUAGCGACCCGGCCGCCAACGCAACCGGAGGCUGCGUCACGACGGGCCCCUUUGCAAACACCCAGGUGCACGUUCGGGAUCUGAAUGCAUUCAGAACGUCGGAUGUGAUUCUCCCCUCGUUCUUCGACUACGAGCCGCGCUGCUUUGCUCGGCAAUUCAACGACACCAGCUCCGGCCUCUACCUCAACCAGGGAGCCGUCGAUCGCCUUCUCGACUCCCCCGACAUUCGCGCCUUCCAGUUCAAUAUGGACGGCCGUGAGGCGCGAGAGUUCCCUCCGGGCGGGUUUGUCGGGCCGCAUUCCGCGGGACAUCAAUCGCUGGGACCCAUCAUGGGAGACUUCUUCGGGUCGCCCCAGGACCCUUCCUUUUUCCUUCACCACGGCAUGGUGGACCGCACCUGGGCGCUCUGGCAGGCCAAGGACGAGGAGAACCGGUUGACGCAGACGUAUGGCACCAGCAGCAUCUUCAACGACCCGACCACGCCGAAUGUCACGAUGGACACGCAGCUCAGCUUCGGGAUUCUGAGCGAGCCCAAGACGGUGGGAGAGUUGGUGAGCACGCACGCGCAUGACCUCUGCUACGAGUAUGCUUAGUUGGGGUUGAAUGAGGAGUGGUCAGUGUUGGUGGCAGAAGUAAUGGGAGAUGGGAUAGCUGGCGCUUCCCCUGGCUCUCCCCUGGACUGGUCUGAUAGUAGUAUAUUGUCUAAUGUGUACAAAGAGGGAUGGUGGAGGAUGGAUAUACAUAAUAUUUGUUUCGUUUGUGACUGACGGUGCCGCGGGACUGCAUGUUGCAUAAUCGAUCAGUUUUGUUUCUCGGGGUCUGGUUCAGAUAGCAGGGUUUAAUCUGAAUCCGCAUAGUUAAUUCCGAAUACUUGGCUCAUCAUUCGAUCAUUCGACCAUUCGAUCAUAC